UUAGCGCGUUGGGCGAAUAAUUCUUUUUUUUUGUAAACUCGUGUUUGAUAACUUCAUUCUUUGUGUGUCGGUCAGUUAGGUGCACUUCGGAGACUUCUGAGAAAAUGUCGCAUCACUAUGUGGUGACAGCGCAAAAGCCCACUGCGGUUGUAGCCUGUUUAACCGGCAACUUUACAUCGCCCACAGACCUGAACCUGAUUAUCGCCCGCAACAACCAGGUGGAGAUUGAUCUCGUCACGCCGGAGGGUCUGCGCCCGCUCAAGGAGAUCAACAUAAAUGGCACCGUCGCGGUUAUGCGCCACUUCAGGCCGCCAGAUAGCAACAAGGAUCUGCUGUUCAUACUGACUCGUCGCUACAACGUCAUGAUAUUGGAGGCGCGCAUGGUCAACGACAGCAUCACAGUCAUAACCAAAGCAAACGGCAAUGUCUCGGACUCGGCGGGCAUUCCCUCGGAGGGCGGGGUCAUUGCUGCCAUCGAUCCAAAGGCCCGAGUUAUCGGCAUGGUCCUGUACCAGGGGCUCUUCACUAUCAUACCCAUGGACAAGGAGGCCAGCGAGCUAAAGGCCACCAAUUUGCGGAUGGACGAGCUGAACGUGUACGACGUAGAGUUCCUGCACGGCUGCCUAAAUCCCACAAUCAUAGUCAUCCACAAGGACAACGAUGGACGACACGUCAAGUCGCAUGAGAUUAAUUUGCGAGAGAAGGAAUUCAUGAAAAUUGCAUGGAAGCAGGACAAUGUCGAGACGGAAGCCACCAUGCUGAUACCCGUCCCGUCACCCAUCGGAGGCGUGAUCGUGAUUGGGCGCGAGUCGAUUGUCUACCACGAUGGCAGCAACUACCAUGCGGUGGCACCACUCACCUUCCGCCAGAGCACCAUCAACUGCUAUGCGAGAGUGGAUGGCAAAGGACUGCGGUACUUGCUGGGCAACAUGGACGGCCAGCUGUAUAUGCUCUUCUUGGGCACGUCCGAGACGAGCAAGGGCGUCACUGUCAAGGACAUCAAGGUCGAGAAACUAGGCGAGAUCUCUAUACCAGAGUGCAUUACAUAUUUGGACAAUGGUUUCCUGUACAUAGGGGCUCGACAUGGCGACUCGCAGCUAGUGCGCCUCAGCUCCGAGUCAAUCGAGGGCUCCUACGUCAUACCAGUGGAGAACUUCACCAAUCUGGCUCCCAUUCUUGACAUUGCCGUCGUAGAUCUGGAUCGCCAGGGACAGGGUCAGAUCAUCACUUGCUCUGGAAGCUUCAAAGAUGGUUCUCUGCGAAUCAUUCGCAUUGGGAUAGGGAUUCAAGAGCAUGCCUGUAUUGAUCUUCCGGGGAUAAAGGGCAUGUGGUCUUUGAAGGUGGGCAUCGACGAAAGCCCAUACGAAAAUACUCUUGUAUUGGCCUUUGUGGGACUCACCAGGAUUCUCACUUUGUCCGGUGAGGAAGUGGAGGAAACCGAGAUUCCCGGCUUCGCCAGCGAUCUGCAAACGUUUCUCUGCGCCAACGUGGAACAUGAUCAGCUAAUUCAAGUCACUUCGGACAGCGUGCGAUUGGUGAAAAGUGCCACAAAAGCUCUGAUCUGCGAGUGGCGGCCUGAGGGCGACCGCUCUAUUGGUGUCGUCUCGUGCAACAGCACACAGAUUGUGCUGGCAUCGGCACGCGACAUCUUCUACAUCGUCAUCGAGGACGGCCGCUUGGUAGAGAAGUCGCGCAAGACCCUGGCGUAUGAGGUGGCCUGCUUGGAUAUAACCCCGUUGGAUGAGACGCAAAACAAAUCCGAUUUGAUUGCCGUGGGCUUGUGGACAGAUAUAUCCGCAGUGAUCUUGUCGCUACCCGAUCUGGAGACGAUUUACACUGAGAAGCUGAGCGGAGAAAUUAUUCCCCGCUCCAUACUGAUGACCACCUUCGAGGGCAUACACUAUCUGCUCUGCGCCCUGGGCGAUGGUUCGAUGUAUUACUUCAUUAUGGAUCAGACGACCGGACAGCUGACGGACAAGAAGAAGGUUACCCUAGGUACUCAGCCCACAACGCUGCGCACUUUCCGGUCGUUUGCCACGACCAAUGUGUUUGCCUGUUCCGACCGUCCGACGGUGAUCUAUUCGUCGAACCACAAGCUCGUCUUCUCCAACGUUAAUCUAAAGGAGGUCAACCACAUGUGCUCGCUGAACGCCCAGGCCUAUCCAGACAGCUUGGCGUUGGCCACCAAGAACUCUGUUAUAUUGGGCACCAUUGACGAGAUCCAAAAACUACACAUCCGUACUGUGCCCCUGGGCGAGGGCCCGCGCCGCAUUGCCUAUCAGGAGGCAUCGCAGACUUUUGCUGUGUCUACGCUUCGCAUCGAUGUCCAUGGACGCGGCGGGGCCAAGCCGUUGCGCAAUAGCGCCUCCACACAGGCCCAGAAUAUCACAUGUAGCUCGAAUAUCCUGCCCAAGCCGGGCGGCAACAACUCCACAGCAGCCAAUGCAGAGGUUGGCCAGGAGAUCGACGUGCACAACUUGCUGGUGAUCGACCAGAACACUUUCGAGGUGCUGCAUGCCCACCAGUUCGUAGCCCCCGAGACUAUAUCGUCACUGAUGUCAGCCAAGCUGGGCGACGAUCCAAACACAUACUAUGUGGUCGCUACCUCGUUGGUCAUACCCGACGAGCCGGAGCCGAAGGUGGGGCGCAUCAUUAUAUUCCACUACCACGACAGCAAGCUCACACAGGUGGCCGAGACCAAGGUGGACGGAACGUGCUACGCCUUGGUCGAGUUUAAUGGCAAGGUCUUGGCCGGAAUUGGCAGCUUUGUGCGUCUCUACGAAUGGACCAACGAGAAGGAGCUCCGUAUGGAGUGCAACAUCCAGAAUAUGAUUGCGGCACUGUAUUUAAAGGCUAAGGGCGACUUCAUCCUAGUGGGCGAUCUGAUGCGCUCCAUCACCCUGCUGCAGCACAAGCAGAUGGAGGGAAUCUUUGUGGAGAUCGCCCGCGACUGCGAGCCGAAGUGGAUGCGUGCCGUGGAAAUACUCGAUGAUGAUACGUUUCUGGGCUCGGAGACAAACGGCAAUCUGUUUGUGUGCCAGAAGGACAGUGCUGCCACCACCGACGAGGAACGUCAGCUGCUGCCGGAGCUGGCGCGUUUCCACCUGGGCGAUACAGUGAACGUUUUCCGACAUGGCUCUUUGGUGAUGCAGAAUGUGGGCGAGCGCACCACGCCCAUCAAUGGAUGUGUGCUGUAUGGAACCUGUAAUGGAGCUAUUGGCAUUGUCACCCAAAUACCACAGGACUUUUACGAUUUCCUGCAUGGCCUGGAGGAGCGUCUGAAGAAGAUCAUCAAGUCGGUGGGCAAAAUCGAGCACACCUACUAUCGCAAUUUCCAAAUCAACACCAAAGUGGAGCCCAGCGAGGGAUUCAUCGAUGGGGAUCUGAUAGAAAGCUUUUUGGACUUGAGUCGCGACAAGAUGCGAGAUGCUGUGCUGGGUCUAGAGUUGACGCUGAACGGGGAACGGAAGGGCGCGGAUGUGGAGGAUGUCAUCAAAAUAGUGGAGGACCUUACGCGCAUGCAUUGAGGCGGCAAUUUAUGUGUAUAUAAGUAUAUAAAAAAGAACCAUACCAUACAAUUUGUUUGAAUGUACAUGAAACUUCGAUACCAUGUAUCCUGCUUAACCCCGUAGCGCGGUCACUCUCCCAAGUUUCUCGAUUAUGUUUGCUCGCACUAAGACUUGACAAUGUAGCAACAACAAAAUAUAUAUGUUUCAAAGCUCUUACAAA